AUAGAGAUUAUAAUUAAAAAUAUCUACGUUUAUAGGGUACUUAAAACUUAAUUUCUUUUAUAAACAUUUAAAACUUGACUAUAGAAACUAUCCACUAAAUUCAUACACAAGAUGAACGGUAAAAAUUGAUUGAAUGUUAACUGCAGUGGAGAUCCAUACUUUUUGGAGCCAUUUUGGAUGAGACAUGCUGCAAGCAGUGCGAUAUUAGUAUCAGGGUGGCACAGAAUGGGUUAUUAUUACAGUGAUGGAUCAUACAUCUCACAACUAUUGGUGGAACAUAUCAAAAAACUUCAUGCCUUAGUUGGAAACGCAAUAACUGAAGGAAAAUACAUUGUUUUUGGAAGUGGCUCAACACAACUCCUAAAUGCUGCUGUUUAUGCCUUUUCUCCCGAUACCUCUUCACAAUCUCCCGCAAAAGUAGUAGCGACACCACCAUAUUACCCUGUGUAUAGAACACAAACAGAAUAUUUCAAUGCUAAGAAUUUUAGUUAUGAAGGAAGCACAUCCUCGUGGAUAAACAAGACAGAUAGCAGCUCUACAUUCAUUGAGUUUGUUACUUCACCAAACAAUCCUGAUGGAAAGUUGACUAAGGGAGUUCUUGAAGGUGAUAAUGUCAAACAAAUCAAUGAUCGUGCCUAUUACUGGCCACAUUACACUGCCAUUCCUUCACCAGCUGAUGAUGAUCUUAUGAUCUUCACAAUUUCCAAGCUCACAGGCCAUGCUGGGAGCAGAUUCGGAUGGGCAAUAAUAAAAGAUGAAGCAGUGUAUGAAAAGAUGUUGACGUAUUUGGAUGUGAACACCAUGGGAGUUUCCCGUGCGGCUCAGCUGAGAGCUUUAAAGCUUUUCGACGUUAUUCUUGAAGGAGAUGAUGGAAAAGAGAUAUUCAAAUUUGCUUAUUCAACCAUUAGACAUCGUUGGACAAAGUUGAAAGAAACCAUAUCUAAAUCAAAACGCUUUUCUCUGCAGAAACUGUCUUCCCAAUACUGCACCUUCUUCAAAAGGGAAAGAGAGCUCUCACCAGCUUAUGCUUGGUUGAAGUGUGAGAGAGAAGAAGACAGAAACUGCUAUGAAAUCCUUGAAGCAGCUGGCAUCAGUGGUCGUGAAGGAAGCCUAUAUAGUGCUGAUAAUCAUUACGUGCGUCUCAGUCUCAUUAGAAGCAAGGAUGACUUUGAUAUACUCAUAAACAAGCUCAACACCCUUGUUGCUAAACAAUAGUAUACCAACUAUUGUAAACAUUACUAUCUUUGUGUGGUGCCUACAUAAAUAAAAUAUUGUUUCCAGAUUGAAAGAAUUGAGUAAUAAGAUAAUCAAAUUUAUCAUGUUAAAUGUUAAGAAUCUAAUGUAUGUCGUACAAUGAGUAUAGAUUGUCAAAAGAAGAAUGUUUACCAAUUUCAAAGUAUU